AUGGCGCGCGCGCGCCUCCUUCUCCCCCUCCCCUUCGCGGCCGCCGCCGCCGCCUCUGCCUCAUCGCUCCACCUCGCCGCCUCCCGCCUUCGUCUCCCCGCGGUCUCCGUCGCGCGGCGCGAGUGUCUCUUCGGGGGAAGGGUGGUAGGAGGAGUGGUGAGGGCGCCCGCGAGGCUUGCUAAGCGCGGGUUGUGCGCCGGCGCGGAGGCUGGCGGCUCGGCCGGCACGGUGGUCGGGCAGGAGGAGGCCAUGGAGUGGGUCAAGAAGGACCGGAGGCGCCUGCUCCACGUCGUCUUCCGCGUCGGGGACCUCGACAAGACGAUCAAGUUCUACACGGAGUGCCUGGGCAUGAAGCUGCUGAGGAAGAGGGACAUUCCGGAGGAGAGGUACACCAAUGCCUUUCUGGGGUACGGGCCUGAGGAUUCGCAUUUUGUUGUGGAGCUCACUUACAAUUAUGGUGUGGAGAGCUAUGACAUUGGGACUGCUUUUGGCCACUUUGGAAUUGCUGUUGAGGAUGUUGCAAAAACGGUAGAACUUAUUAAAGCAAAAGGAGGAACAGUCACAAGGGAGCCAGGUCCUGUCAAAGGUGGGAAAUCAGUAAUUGCCUUUAUUGAGGAUCCUGAUGGUUACAAGUUUGAGCUUAUAGAAAGAGGUCCUACUCCUGAGCCUUUGUGCCAGGUAAUGCUUCGAGUGGGAGAUCUUGAUCGUGCUAUAAAUUUCUAUGAUAAGGCAUUUGGCAUGGAACUUCUUCGCAAGCGAGACAAUCCUGAGUACAAGUAUACAAUUGCGAUGAUGGGAUAUGGUCCAGAAGAAAAAAAUGCUGUAUUGGAGUUGACCUACAACUAUGGGGUGAAGGAAUAUGAUAAGGGAAAUGCUUAUGCACAGAUUGCUAUUAGUACUGAUGAUGUCUACAAGACUGCGGAAGCAAUUAGAGUAAAUGGUGGAAAAAUUACUCGUGAACCUGGUCCGUUACCUGGCAUUAACACCAAGAUAACUGCAUGCACAGAUCCAGAUGGCUGGAAAACAGUGUUUGUCGAUAACAUAGAUUUUCUGAAGGAGUUGGAAGAAUGA